GCAAUGGCAUAUAAACCCUCAUUUGUUCAUGUGUAGAUCCAGCCAUCGGAAGACAUCAUUUCGAGUUGCCUCAUCCAGACAGACACCCCAGUGCCUUCCAGGAUGGAGUCUUCGCGCAUGGAUCACUCCGCACAACCUAUGCCGGACGAGGGCUUCGACAGGAGCAGGAACAGGCGCGAAUCAAAUGACAACCGCGAAACACCGGAGAGCCCGAGCGAGAUCUACCCGUCGAAAAGCCAGGAAUCGCCCCCUCUCCGAUACCUUCUGGAACAAUCCGGGAAAGAUUUCCGUGGAACGUUGAUUCGCGCAUUCAAUGAGUGGCUGCAGAUUCCGACUCGCAAGGUUGAGAUCAUUACUAGGAUCGUGGAGUUGUUGCAUACAUCAUCUUUGCUAAUCGAUGAUAUCGAGGAUUCCUCAGAGCUGCGGCGCGGACUUCCCGUGGCUCAUAGUAGUAUAUACGGCCACGCAAACUUGAAAGCCCAUCUAGAUGCCUCGCACAUCUUCAACGAGGAGCCGUUGGAUCUGCACAUCGGCCAAGGCCUGGACCUGUACUGGAGAGAGAAUCUGGUCUGUCCCGACGAAGAGGAUUAUCUCGAAAUGAUCCGUCAGAAGACCGGUGGCCUUUUACGCUUAGCUGUGAGGCUCAUGCUGUUGGAGACAAACAAACCUGAUGACUUCAUAACCUUAGCCGAUUCGGUGGGUAUCGCUUUUCAGAUCGGCGACGACUAUCGCAAUCUUCGCAAUCCCAAGUCUUUCGUAGCCAAGGGGCCUUGUGAAGACCUCACGGAGGGGAAAUUCUCCCUUCCGGUCAUUCACUCCCUCAGGUCAAACCCGGAAGAUACCCGUAUCUUAGCCAUUCUCAGGCAACGGACGAAGGACGAGGCGGUCAAACAGUACGCCAUUGCUUACAUGGAGUCCACCGGAAGCUUCGAAUACUGCGAGAGACUGUUGGUUCAGGGCCUGGGACCGAAAGAAGGGCGGGAUGGUUUUGAUCAUGUCUUCGCGAUGUUAGCCCUACGUUAG